AUGGGUUUCACGGAUCUCCUUGUGGUGGGUGCUUGGGCCGCCCGGGAAGACCGAGGAGUGAGGCGCGAGGAAAUUCGCGAGGGCCAGGUGCGCCGCAACGGGUCUUCCGCCGCUUCCGCUUAUCCCUCCCCCACCCGUUUGGAUCCGGUGCGUGCGCUCCGCAGUGAGGAAUUAUUGCAGCAGCGGAGGAAAACAAACUAUGCGGAGCAAUGUGAGUUUUCAAACUGGUCAUCUUGUCUGCCUGUGCAGAAUUCAAAAUUAAAGUGA